AUGACCAUGGGCAGGAUUAUCUUCUACGAGGACAGGAACUUCCAGGGUCGUUCCUAUGAGACCAGCAAUGAUUGCCCUGAGCUGACAUCCUACCUGAGCAGGUGCAACUCCUGCAGAGUGGAGAGCGGCCUCUUCAUGGUCUACGAGAAGCCAAACUUCAUGGGUCACCAGAUGCUGGUGAGGAGGGGCGAGUACCCAGACAACCAGCGCCUGAUGGGAAUGACCAUGAGUGACUGCAUCAGAUCCUCUCGCAUGAUCCCCAUGCACAGAGGACCCUUCCGUAUGAGGAUCUAUGAGAGGGAGAACUUCGGUGGCCAGAUGCACGAGCUGGCUGACGACUGUGACAACAUGCAGGAUCGUUUCCACAUGUCUGAGUGCCAGUCUUGCAACGUGAUGGACGGCCACUGGCUGAUGUUCGAGCAGCCCAACUACAGGGGCAAGAUGCUGUACCUGAGGCCAGGAGAGUACAGGAACUUCCAAGAGAUGGGAAUGAACAACAUGUCCAGGUUCAGCUCCAUGAGGCGCAUCAUGGACUCCUGUUAG